GACAGUACGCGCGACCUCGAGCGGAUCGCGAUCGUUUGCCCGUGACGCGUAGAUCGCCGAUCGCGUCCCGCUGCCUCGAUCGCCGGGCGCGCGAGGAUGCCACAGCCCUGGUGUCCUCUUCACUGGUGCGCAGGCAAAAACUCCUGACGUAGACGCGAGUCCGUGCACCGUAGCCCGUCUCUGAGGCCGGGACCCGCUGGAUUCUGGAUUCCGGAGCCAGGCCGCGCGCGGUCGAGCCAGAUAGCAUAACAGAUUCAGCGGGAGAAGAAGAGAGCAGCGGGGGAUCGGUUCCUCGCUUGGAUGACUCGUGCAGUCCGGGCGGAAUCAGGAUCCGAUUGCCCUCGUUGGUGGCGAGAUCUGAAGAAAAAGGGCCAGCAGUGAGCCCCACCGAAACCCUCCGGACCCCACGUUUCCCGUCGAGGGAGGUGCCUCGAGGAAUUCGCGGCAGGCUCAUCGCGGAAGAUGGACGAUGACGAGACAGACGAGAAAAGAGAGUCGAUAACGUUGGUGAGCAAGAUGUCUCGCCAGCAGUCGAGAUCCAGGACUCUGGUCGCCUCUUCCAGGCUCUCCAGGUUGGAGACUUGCAAGAGGUCCACCGAGUCCGACACCAUGGAGUGCGCCUCGGAGAGCGAGGUGGAGAACAUCCCGAAGGACGACGAGACCCCUGAGCCUUUGGUCACCGACGAGAAGGGCAACAGGAUAUCAGGGCACGACCGCCACUCGCUGGACGUUCCCGAGGAGGCAGAGUCGCUGCUGAUGAACCGUCAGGUGACCAGGACCAAUUUAAGCGUCAGGGAAGAGGUGUCCAGGUUCUCCGACACCCGCAUCGGCCUAUUCAACCGGAGUCCCCAAUCGUCCUCCAGCCAGGAGGACUACGAGCCCGAAGUCAAGAGCCUGAUCAAGCUUCAGAAACCGAACCAGCAACAUCUACUGACUGCUACCACCGGCGGACAGAUGUCAGCCAGGUCCAUGGAGAGCCUGAGGUCCUCCAGGAACUUCGUCAGCGCUGACGACCGCUACGGCGACGACUCAAGGUCCCUGGAGUUCCUGUCGACGAGCUCCGAGUCCCACAUGACCACCUCGAAGAGCCAAUACAGGAGCUUCCUAUCGUCCACGAAGGACGCCAGGAAGAUAAUCACUGUCGAGUCGAAGAGCAGUGACAACCUCCACAGAGAGGAGAGCCUAAACGCUGAAGUCCGAAGAGGAUUGUUCGCCAACACUGGCCUCGAAAGAAAGAUACCCCAGCAUCUGAGCCUGCCACCUCCGUCCAACGUGUUCUCACUGACCAGUCCAGGUGGCAGCGACAGAAAGAUCACCAUACUCAGCCCGCACUCGCCGGUACAGACCUCGGAAUUCCAGUUCUCCAUGCAAACCAUCAAGAACAAGCGCAAGAGGGCGAUCGUUCUGCCGAGGUUGGUGUUGCCCAGAAGCGAUUCCGAGGUGUUCUUAGAUUUCGACGUGGAAAAUGGCGCCUCAACGCUGGACGGAGGCCCCGGAGGCGGAGGUGGCGCCUCGCCGAGUUCAGGCCUCAUUCUCCAGAAUCUGCCACAGCGUAGGGAGAGCUUCCUCUACCGCAGUGACAGCGAUUUCGAUGUGUCGCCGAAAUCGAUGUCACGGAACAGUUCGAUCGCCAGCGAAAGGUUCAAAGAGACCGAGCUUCCUGUUGAACGAGCGAUAUUUACCGAUCAGUAUAGCCAUGGCGAGGACCUCAUCGUCACGCCCUUCGCGCAAAUCCUUGCGUCCCUGCGAUCGGUCAGAAACAACUUCGUGUCGCUUACUAAUGUGCCCCCGAACAAAUCACGAAGGAGUAGCAGCGCGCAGGGCAGCAGCACACCGCAGCCCAGGAUUUUGGCGCAAGGAGAAGAGAACUACCAAAAGCUCGCCGUGGAUACGAUGGAGGAGCUGGACUGGUGUUUAGACCAGUUAGAAACCAUUCAGACGCAUCGAUCCGUGUCCGACAUGGCCUCCCUCAAGUUCCAGCGAAUGCUGAACAAGGAACUCUCCUACUUCUCCGAGUCCUCGAAGUCUGGCGUCGAGAUCUCAGAGUACCUCUGCACCACUUUCCUCGACAAGCAACAGGAAUUGGAUCUGCCCUCACUGAGAAUCGAAGAUGCGGUCGCGGCUGCAGGCAGCACAGAUGCGAGGGCGGUCAAGAAGAUGGAGCGGGCCCAGCGGGGCCCGGCUGCCAUGUCCCACAUCAGCGGCGUGAAACGGCCGCUCACGCACACGAACAGCUUCACGGGAGAACGUGUACCGCUCUACGGUGUUGAGACACCCAGCGAGGAAGAGCUCGGCAAGCUUCUGUCGGACAUCGACAAGUGGGGCAUCGACAUCUUCAGGAUAGGCGACCUGAGCAGCAACAGACCGCUGACCUGCGUCGCGUACACAGUCUUCCAGAGGCGAGACCUGCUCAAAUCCCUGGCCAUCCCGCCGAAGACCUUCGUGACCUUCAUGAUGACCCUGGAGGAUCAUUACGUCAAGGACAAUCCCUUCCACAAUAGCCUGCACGCGGCCGACGUGACCCAAUCCACCCACGCGCUGCUCAACACGCCCGCACUACAGUCUGUGUUCACGUCACUGGAGAUCACAGCGGCCCUGUUCGCCGCCACCAUUCACGACGUGGACCACCCAGGACUCACCAACCAGUUCCUCGUCAACUCGAGUUCCGAGCUCGCCUUGAUGUACAAUGACGUGUCGGUGCUGGAGAACCACCACCUGGCGGUGGCGUUCAAGCUGCUGCAGAACGAGGGCUGCGACAUCUUCGUGAACAUGACGUCGAAGCAACGGCAGACCCUCCGGAAGAUGGUGAUCGACAUGGUCCUGUCGACGGACAUGGUGAAGCACAUGUCCCUGCUGGCGGACCUGAAGACCAUGGUGGAGACGAAGAAGGUCGCCGGGUCCGGGGUCCUCCUUCUGGACAACUACACCGACCGCAUCCAGGUUCUGCAGAACCUGGUGCACUGCGCCGACCUCUCGAACCCCACGAAACCCCUGACCCUCUACCGACGAUGGGUCAGCCUGGUCAUGGAGGAGUUCUUCCUGCAAGGUGACCGUGAACGCGAGCGCAACAUGGACAUCAGUCCGAUGUGCGACCGUCACAGGGCGACGAUCGAGAAAUCGCAGGUCGGCUUCAUCGAUUACAUCGUCCAUCCGCUGUGGGAGACAUGGGCUGACCUGGUCCACCCAGACGCACAGGACAUUCUGGACACGCUCGAGCAGAACCGCGAUUGGUACCAGUCGAUGAUCCCCCCGUCGCCGCCGUCCGACGGACAGCAACAGCAAGGGAACGAACAGCAGGGCGACAGGAUACACUUCCAGGUCACAUUGGAAGAAGGCGACGAGACCGGCGACGCCACGGACACCGGGGACACCGGCGAAGCGGCCGAAGACACCCUGCCCGGCGAGGGCGGGGGCGGUGAGCUGGAUGAGAACGCCGCGGAGGCUGGGAUGUGACGGAGGCUCGCGGGUAUUUGCAGGAAGCUCCACGAGAAGGUGCAGCAGACCUGGUGGCGUGUGCGCCAGUGACACUUAGCUCGCUGUCGCCCGGCCGGGUCUCUUUGUGUCGACCUACUGACCUUUUGGCCAAGCUCCACUCCCUGGGACGGUGGAAGAGCGAGCCUGUUCUGGGAAUGCCACGGAAGCGAACCGCAACACGUCUAGUCGCUGCUAGCUCGGGGACAUGGACGAGUGAAGGGGAACGGUCUUUUCUGUUGCGUCGAGGAUUCGAAAGGAUUUGGGGACGGAUUGUGAUGGAGUUAGAGAGGCAGUGUGCAAGGAAGAGUAUGUGAUGGAGUAUGAUGGUGAAAGAAUAGGAAAGAGUAUGAAAGAAUAGUAAUGAGCAAGGAAGAAUAUGAAAGAUUAAGAAAGACUAAGAGGAAGUAAGAAAGACUAAGAACAAUGAAGAAAGACUAAGAAAGAGUAAGAAAUCGUAAGAGAUCGCAAGGAAGAGUAGGAAAUAUCAAGAAACAGUAGGAAAUCGUAAAAAAAAGAAUAAGAAAUCGUCUAAGGAAAAGUACGAAAGACUAAGAAAGAGUAAGAAACCGUAAGAAAUCGUAAGGGAGAGUAAGAAGCAGCAGGAAACAGUAGAAAAUCGUUAAAAAAGGAACAAGAAAUCAUGUAAAAGAAAGGCUGAAAAAGAGCAAGGAAUCGUACGGAAGAGCAGAAAACAAGAAGAAAGAUUAAGAACCCGUAAAAAAAAGAGUAAGAAAUCGCGUAAAGAAGAGCAAGAAAGACUUAAGAAAGUGCAAGACAUCGUAAGAAAUCGCGAGGAAGAGCAAGAAACCGUGAAGCAUAGUAAGAAAGACUAAAAGAAAGCAGGAGAUCGUAAGAAGCCGUAGGAAACCGCAAGAAGUCGUCAGAAACCGUAAGAAGCCGGCAAGGAUGGGAUCGGGAGGCAUUGUGCGACAGUAGAAGAAAGCUGCGGACAGGGAAGGAAGAAGAUCAAGAGGACAAGAAAAGUCGCGGAAUAGGCGAGCGCGUGGAAGACAUCCGCUGAGGAGAUUGCAAGGGGCGCCGUCGAGGAGGGGAGCUCGCACGUUUCGGUACCCGUUUGCUCGUCACUGACGCGGGUCCUCAGGUCGAGGAACGGUCCCAGAAGUCGUUGCGCUUCGGCUGGCACGAGGCGUACCGAGAGCGUCGAGCUUGAGUCCUCGGCGUGAAGACAGUCGGCUCAUGGAAGACACGGUGAACGGAUGACGAAGAAGACUACCGCUGAAGAAUCGUGUGUGAAAGAGUGAGAGAGAGAGAGAGAAAGAGAGAGAGAGAGAGCAUCGUCGUUGUUACCAUUGUCGCUUUUUCUUUCGCCCCCCCUACCCUUUUGUCGUUCGAUCACACCUGGCCGCUGAAUGGAUGUCCUGAGCUCGAAGGAGGCGAACGAAUCUCUUCAUAUAUCUAUAUCUAUAUACAUAUAUGUACCUGGAGGACCUGGAGGAGCGUUUGUGGAUCGGCUGCGAGGAUGCCGAGGUCCGAGGCCGCGCGGCAACGGACUCCGUACAGACAUAUCAAUCGAACAUGGCAGAAGCUGCCGGCCGGGUGUCGGCCUCUCCGCAUCCUCGGCCAGCCGGCGAGAGGCCUCGUCGUUGGACCGUGACGAAGCUCGAAGGCUCCCGGUGAGAAACCCUGUUCACCGACACACCGUGGCAAACUAGUCAGAGAUUGGGAAACCGGGUUUUCGGGCGGAACGGUCGGUGGAAGCCCCCCGGAUGAUCACGCGGAGGGACGCACGGGGUCAUGGAUCAGGCGAGAGAGGAUCGUUAGUGUCCGGAGGAUCGUUAGUAUCGCGCUUCAUGCUCAUCCUUGGUUCACCGAUGAAUCACUUCGGCAACAAACCUAAUCGUUAGAUGAACUAAGCCUAUCCCUAAUCGUAAGAUUUCGUCAUGCUCGCUAAUUAGUGCGUAGAGGAAGAGAGGCAAGGGGGACGCGAAGACGCAUGGGACAUCGGAAACGGUCUGCUGUUCCAAUCACGGCCGACAGCUCGUUCUCGAGCGAGAGGCUGCCGGCCCGGAACGAGUUGAACGAUUAAUUUUAAUAUAGACACGCGCUAAAGGCUGGCCUUUUCACUUUCUGUUGUUCAUAUUAAAAUUAACGUAGCCGCCGUUCGACACACACACACACGCAUACCACACACACAUACCACACACUGCACACAUACACGCGCGCGUACACACAAACGCGAGCGCGUCGCGACACACACAUGUAAGGACAUACAUACACACGCAUGCGCGCGCGUACACGAUCGUUUUUAACCAAAGAGUAGAAUGUUAGUCGCGCCGUCGUCGACGAGGAUGCUCCGUCGCGCGCGUCUCUCCGCGCGGAUGUUCUCUUAGGGGAACGAUCACGGAGCGACGUGGACGACGGAGCAAGGAGGGAAGCGAAAUUUCUUAUGAACAAAGAGGACAGAGAGAGAGAGAAAGAGAGAGAUAUGCACAAAUGAAACAAAAUGCGAAACAAAAAUGACACAUUUCCUGCGAGGAAUCAUCGCACGUUCUGGCUUCUAGCGAUGGUAGAUUUAGAGAAUCAUAAUCCGUGACAAGAGGAAAAAUUAAUUAGAUAGAAACCUUCAGCUCGAUGUGUUUAAAGAGACAUAAGGAAAAAAAAACAAAACUAAUGAUGAAGAUGAUGAUAUGAUGAUGAUGAUGAUGAUGAUGAUGAAUAUGAUAAUGAUGAUGAUGAUGAUGAGGGUGGUGAGGAAAACCCAGAAAAAAUACGAAGUACUCUCGCUUGGAUGUCUGUGAAUCGCUCAAAUUGCGCGCGCCGACCGGGACAGUUCACGGUCACGACCUGUCUGGGUCGACGAUCGAGGUCGAUGAUCCCGCGAGAUCAUUGUUCAGCAUAGUAUUGGGCGACCGACCGGUCGUGUCUCGGUCGCCGAGCGCCAAUUCAAACUCGGGAACGUAAAACGCUGUCUUUCCGGCGGGCCUGGGCCGCGCUCCGAUUGGCCGACGCUCGUGGGAACUCGGUUCGGCACCUUUCGGCGGGAGAAUUCGAAAAAGAAAGAAAAAGAAAAAAAGAAGAAGAAGAAGAAAGCACGGCGAUUGAUUUUUGUACUCGCGUUCUCGUUUUCUAUCGUUCUUUUUUUAUAUCGUGCGAAUUUUACAUUACCCGGGAUCGAAGGGGGCAACGGUCGCGCGGUUCGUCGACGAGACUCGACGUCGUUUAUUGCGACGGACGACGCGAUCAUCGUUUCCCUCGGUGGAUUUACGAUUAUUUAAUUCGCGGAGCGAUCGACGGAGGCGCCGAGGCCCGCCCUCGCGAAAGACGCGAAAACUCUGUAUCUGUGUCGUAGGCAGUGAAUCUAGUGAAUGUUUUUGGUGCUGGCCACCAAGCCUAGACUAUAAGAGUAUCACAUAAGGCUACCGAGAUUAGAUAUUAAGCAGAUGAUUAACUUAACGAACUUCUUAGAUGCGUAAACAAACGACGUAACAAAUGAUAAUUAAACGUUUAAACCGAGAGGCAGGAGAUAACGAUGCGACAGUGGCGUGACAAAGGCGUGCGGGGACCCUGGGAUCCUUUUGGCAAUGUCGCGAGAACAUCCGCCGAGAGAGAUAUAUAUAUACAUAUACAUAUACCGAAUCGGAUUUGCGUCGAUCGAAUCGAAAAUUGAUUUAAACGAAAAGAGAGAGAGAGAGAGAGAGAGAAAAUGAAAAAAAAAUAUAAUCGAAGACGAGAGAAAACGGAACGGGCGAAAAAAGGAGAAACGGAGAGAACAGGAGAGAAGAGCGGAGAAUUGCGUUAAAAUUGGUCGACGUAGCGAAACGACGGAGAAAAAAUUCUGUUUCGAGCGAGAUAACGACCGAUCGAACGACGAGAAAUCACUUCUUUUUCAUCCCCGUUUUUAGACACCGAUCGCACGAUUCUUCUCCAUUCUUUUUUUUCUCGCCCGCCCAUGCAUACAUGCACACGCGCAUACACACGCAUAUACACACGGAUAAUGUACGCUCAUGUAUACACCGAGAAACACUCACUCCCUCCCCCCCCCGCGCAUUGUUUCGUUUUUCUUUCGUUGGUCGAUGUUCGGCUCCCUUAGAGAGGAGCAGUUUCAUGCCUAAUCUAACAAAUGUUUUACCAUGUAUGACGAUGCCAAUGAAUUCUACAUGAGAUGUGUGCUUGUUGUAUAUUUCACCACUGGAUGGCAAUGGUGGCGACGAUGACGAUGACGACUGGUCAUAAAUACCGUUGAUACGAGACGCUGAUGGUUGCGAGAGACAAAAUAGAAGAUAAAAAUACAACGUGUUUGAUUGCUGGACAGUUAAAUGAACAUGUAUUAAUAUCGUGUAACCCUCGUACGAGAUGUAUGUGUAAUAAAAACAUAUUUAUUGUCGGAA